GCUCUGUGUCGUGAUUGAGCGAUGUUUUUGUGGUAAUUGUGUGAGUGUGGAGCUCUGAUCUCCUCUCCUCUCCGGAUCGGGGCAGCAUGGCGAGUCUCGGCGCCUGGAGCUCGGCGUCAACUCGCUCUCCUCUGUUCUCCUCUCCUGUCUCCUCCUGUCCUCCUCUCCGUUGCUCUGCUGAACGGCUGCGGCUGAGAAACGCUCGCUUUGUGAACCUGUUGAUGAGCCGCUGUUACAGCAGGCGCAGCUAGGCUGGCUGAUACACAGAGAGCUGGACUGACCGAGCGACUGUCCUUCACUGUGACAGACAGAGCAGGGGACACAACCGGCAGGUCUUCUGUGGUCACUCAUUAACACCACACUUCCUCCAGUGACUAGCGAUGGCGGCUCCUCUCAGAAGUCUGGUGGAGGAUUAUUCCAGAUAUCAUCAGGCUUUCCAGCUGUUCCUGGAACGCUCCUCCGAACACCAGUGCAUGAGAGAUUUCAUCCAUGCAGUGCUUCCAGACAUGCUGGCCAGCGUUGGAUCUGGACAAAGCACUCUGAACGUGAUGGGAGUGGGAAGUGGAGCAGGUGAGAUGGACUUGGAAAUGCUUGGGCAGCUGCGCUUAAAGCACCCAGAGGCCAAAGUGGACAAUGAGGUGGUGGAGCCCAGCGGUGACAUGCUUUACAAGUAUAAAGUUUUAGUGUCGAAGACACCAGACCUUGAUCACAUCACCUUCCGGUGGAAUAAGAUGACCGCGUCGGAGUUCGAGAAGGACUGGAAAGAGAGAAACCUGGAGAAAAGAAUGGACUUCGUUCACAUGAUUCAGAUGCUGUACUAUGUGAAGGAUCCAGAGGCCACAGUUACGUUUUUUCGAAGUUUGCUGCACAAGAACGGCAAACUGCUCAUCAUACUGGUCUCAGGUGAGAGCGGGUGGGGCCGGCUGUGGAGAACCUUCAAGGCCGAGCUGUGCAACACCGACAUCAGCCAGUGCAUCACGACCAGAGACAUCAAAAGCUUCCUGGACGCCAAAGGGAUCCCGUACCAGAAGCACACAAUGCCGUCCCAGAUGGACAUCACAGAGUGCUUCAAACCAGGGGACGAGAAAGGAGAGCUGCUGCUGGACUUCCUGACCGAACUGAUGGACUUCAGUAAGAGCGCAUCCCCGGAGCUGAGGGAAGGUGUGCUGGAGCUGCUCAGACAUCCAGACUGCAGCAAAGAGGUGGACGGCAGGGUUAUAUUCAAUAAUAACCUGGAGGCUAUAGUGCUCGACCCCUAGACCUGACACUUAGACGCAUUGUGCAGAGGGGAUUAAAGGUGCACUUCGACUAGCAGUAAGAUUAUACCAGGAUUUCUACCUUAAAUCUGAGCUGUUUGAGUAAAUCUAUUGAUUUAAAUCCAUUGGAUGCACUGGAUUUCAGAAAUUCAUAAGCACAGAGUUCAGGAUGAGCACAGAUCAUUGACCUAUUGCUGUUGUUGGAUCAAAACCUCGUAACUUUACAGGAGAAGGAAAAAACCUACUUUACUUUUAAUGCAAGUCAGUGGAACCAGAGUUUUUUCCAAGUCAUUUUGGGCCGUUUGUUUUGGUCCAUUCAUCGUGAAGUUUACACACGAUGUAAAGACCAACAGGAAUUUUCAGAUCAUGUCAAAAACUGAAAAACCACAAAAAUGGAGAUACAAGGUUUUCUUCUGACAGCAGCGAUAUGCAAGGUUCAUCUUCUCCAAUCAGGAACAAAUCGACCUUUCACGAAAUCCUACACAGUUAAAACAGACGACUCUUUAAGGGUUCAUUGGAAUUUAGAAUCAUGAGUUCUAUAUAGCAUCAUUUCAUGCUUAAAUGGUUCUAUAUAGUACCAAAAAAGGUUCUUCUAUUACUGCGAUGUCAAGCCUUUAACGAUAGUUGAACCCUUUUUGGUGCUAUGUAGAAUUAUAUUAGAAAAGGUUCUAUACAGAACCACAUACGACAUACUCUCCAUCAAUUUGAAGAACCAUUUCACCAUGCAUAGAACCAUUUAAGCAUGCAGAUGGUUCUAUAUGGAACUCACGGUCCUAUAUAGAACUAUUGAUUUUCCUAACGAACCCUCCAAGAACCAUCCCAUCCAAACCCAGAAAAGCAAAAUGUUGAUUGAUUCAUUUUUUUCAGAAUAAUAGAAGUACGAAAAAUUAUGUUUCUUUUGUUAUUUUCAAAAAUACCUGAAAAAUUGAGUGUAAACAGAGCGAUGGUUCAGACGUCUUUACAGUGGUGGUGAUGGGAACCAGGCG